CGGCUAGUUUGGGAUGGGCGCCUGAUCAGUCCCGAGACGUCUUACCCGGAUGUGGUUGCUGGGCUCCGAGAGGUGCAGCCCGAGUGUGGGCUUGCUGCACGUGGGGCGCGGACUGAGUGUGCAAAGGAGGGGGCGGCGCGCGGUAAACUCGGUGGUGCGCGCGUGCGUCUGCCGCCUUGGGGCGUUCGGUUGGGUUUUGAGUGUGGAACGAGUCAAUGGUGUCUGCAGUGGAUGAGAUUUCCCGCUGCUGCAUCUCCUGUGCUUCUUCCUGGGGUGAGCCCCCUUCAUGAGCUGUCACCGGGAGCAGUCCCGAAGACGCAACUCGCCGUGGGAACAUGAAUCUCUUACCUAAAAGCUCCAAGGAGUUUGGCUCUGUUGACUACUGGGAGAAGUUCUUCCAGCAGCGAGGAAAGAAAUCUUUCGAGUGGUAUGGCACCUAUCUGGAACUGUGCGAGGUGCUGCACAAAUACAUCAGGCCCAGGGAAAAGGUGCUUGUGAUUGGAUGUGGCAACUCAGAGCUAAGUGAGCAACUGUAUGACGUGGGCUAUCAAGAUAUAGUGAAUAUUGACAUCAGUGAGGUUGCCAUCAAGCAAAUGAAGGAGCGCAAUGCCAGCCGACGGCCCCACAUGAGUUUCUUGAAGAUGGACAUGACGCAGAUGGAGUUUCCUGACGCCACGUUCCAGGUGGUGUUGGACAAGGGCACGCUGGAUGCUGUCCUGACAGAUGAGGAGGAAAAGACCCUGCAGCAGGUGGACAGGAUGCUGGCCGAGGUUGGCCGUGUCCUGCAGGUGGGCGGCCGCUACCUCUGCAUCUCCCUGGCUCAGGCUCACGUCCUGAAGAAAGCAGUGGGUCACUUCUCUCGGGAGGGGUGGAUGGUGAGGGUGCACCAAGUGGCCGACAGCCAGGACCACCAGGUGUUUGAAGCAGAACCCCGGUUCUCCCUGCCUGUCUUUGCCUUCGUCAUGACCAAGUUCAGGCCGGUCCCUGGCUCUGCCCUUCAGAUCUUUGAGCUGUGUACUCAGGAGCAGGGCAAGCCGGCGCGGCUGGAGAGUGCCGACCGGCUGGCCGAGGCUGUGCGGGAGCGCCAGCACUAUGCUUGGCUGUGUAGCCAGCUGCGCCGCAAGGCCGGGCUGGGGAGUGUGUCCCUGGACUUGUGCAGUGGGGACACUGGGGAGCCACGCUACACCCUCCACGUGGUGGACAACCCCACUGUGAAACCAUCGCGGGACAAUCAUUUUGCCAUUUUCAUCAUACCCCAGGGCCGGGAGACCGAGUGGCUCUUUGGCAUGGAUGAGGGCCGGAAGCAGCUGGCAGCCAGUGCAGGCUUCAGGAGGCUGGUCACAGUGGCUCUUCACCGAGGCCAGCCGUAUGAUGGCAUGGAGAGCAUUCAAGCAGAGCUGUCACCCAGGGUCAUGGAACUGGCCCCGGCCGGGAUGCCUCCCCAGCAGCAGGUUCCCUUCCUGUCUGUGGGUGGGGACAUUGGAGUCCGGACUGUUCGUCAUCAGGACCACAGUGCCUUGAGUGGUGACUAUGUUAUCGAGGACGUACAAGGCGAAGAUAGGUGGUACUUUCGGCGGCUCAUCUUCCUCAGCAACAGGAACGUGGUGCAGUCGGAAGCCAGGCUGCUGAAGGAUGUGUCUCAUAGAGCCCAGAAGAAACGGAAAAAGGACAGGAAGAAAGAGCGACCUGCUGAUACUUCCGAGGACUCCCCUCCUGCCCCAGGGCAGUCCAUCGAUAAGAGUUAUCUCUGUUGUGAACACCAUAAAGCCAUGAUCGCUGGCCUUGCCCUGCUCAGAAACCCGGAGCUGCUCUUAGAGACCCCACUGACAUUAUUGGUAGUGGGCCUGGGUGGGGGAAGUCUCCCCCUCUUUGUUCAUGAUCAUUUCCCCAAGUCUUGUGUCGAUGCCAUUGAGAUUGACCCGUCCAUGUUGGAAGUGGCCACCCAGUGGUUUGGCUUCUCACAGAGUGACCGGAUGAAGGUUCACAUUGCAGAUGGCCUGGACUACAUUAACAGCCUGGCAGGAGGAGAAGAACGACCUCACUAUGAUGUGAUCAUGUUUGAUGUAGACAGUAAGGAUCCAACACUGGGAAUGAGUUGUCCUCCCCCAGCAUUUGUGGACCAGCUUUUCCUGCAGAAGGUCAAAAGCAUCCUAUCUCGUGAAGGGAUCUUUAUCCUUAACCUCGUGUGUCGUGACCUGGAGUUAAAAGCCUCGGUGCUGGCUGGACUCAAGGCCGCCUUCCCUCUCCUGUAUGUCCGGCGAAUUGAGGGCGAAGUGAAUGAGAUCCUGUUCUGUCAGCUGCAACCAGAGCAGAAGCUUGCUACCCCAGAACUCCUGGAAAUGGCCCAGGCUUUGGAGCGGACCCUGAGGAAGCCUGGGCAGGCUUGGGAUGACACCUAUGUCCUGUCAGAUAUGCUGAAGACUGUGAAGAUUGUGUGAUCAUUGGGGCCAGACAGCCCUCUCAGCUUUCUGCCCAAACUGACUUGAGCUCAUGGGCUGCUGGAGUAUGAUGCACAGUUCUUUUAGACCUCACGUUUUUCUUGGUUUCGUACUCAGCUACAUGCCUCCCAUCUUUUGGGAUGGAGGCAGCCCCUGGGAUGAUUGUUAAUUUUUUAAAAAGUGUGAUUAUGGAAGAAGAGCAGGAUCGGUCAUCUGCUUCUGGAGACUGAGGGAAGGCCGAGGGCGGAAGUUACAGUCUGGCAGUGUACCACUGUGGGUCUUCAGUGUCUUCCCAAAGGCCAUUACGUUGAAAGCUGACUCCCCAGCCCCUGUGGCCCCUUUGGAAAAUGGAGGAACUUUUAGGAGGGGCUUUGUGAAAGAAGUUAGGUCACUAACUUAGGUGCCCUGGAAGGGCUGUAGGGACACAGCACUUUCUCUUUGCUUUGUGGCUGCUGUCAGGUGAAGCCCUUGUUCUGCCUUAUUGUCCCUCCAUGAUGCCCUGCUUCAUCACAGGCCCAAAGACAAUGGGUUUGCCCACUCCAUCUGGAACCUCCAGACUAAGCCAAAUAAACCAUCCUUCCUUAAAA